CUUAUCCUCUGGCGUUUCUCGUCGUUUCGCCACCAAGACGAACACAGUUCCUUGAAAGUGAGGAAGAUAAAAAUGGCGAAUUUACUGGAAACAUCAAUCUUCUUCUCCUCAGCUGAUAAAUUACUGUCUUUACCAACCAAUAAUUCUCAAACCCAUCUUCUCCCUGUCUCUGCUUUCAUCAAUGGUGGAAGAAGGAGACACAAAAGCUCAACUAGUAUCACCUUAGCUACCGACACUGUCACUUACAGUGGCACUACAAGUACUGUAGUAAAAAGCUCUGUUGAGGAUCCUAUGGACGUUGAGGUUGCUGAAGGCUACACUAUGGCUCAGUUCUGUGACAAGAUUAUUGAUCUUUUCUUGAAUGAGAAACCUAAAGUUAAACAAUGGAAGACGUAUUUGGUUUUAAGAGAUGAAUGGAACAAGUACAGUGUGAAUUUCUAUAGGCGUUGCAGAAUCCGAGCUGAUACUGAAACUGAUCCCAUAUUGAAGCAGAAGCUGAUUUCUCUGGAAAGCAAAGUUAAGAAGAUAGAUGAAGAAAUGGAGAAGCACAAUGACCUUUUGAAGGAGAUUCAAGAAAACCCAACAGACAUAAAUGCAAUAGCUGCCAAGAGACGCAGAGACUUCACGGGAGAGUUUUUCCGCUAUGUAACUUUGUUAUCAGAAACUCUUGAUGGCUUAGAAGACCGAGAUGCUGUUGCGAGGCUUGCAACUAGGUGUUUAUCUGCUGUGAGUGCUUAUGACAAUACACUGGAGAGUGUUGAGACACUAGAUGCUGCUCAAGCAAAGUUUGAUGAUAUUUUAAACUCUCCUUCGGUGGAUGCCGCUUGCGAAAAGAUCAGAAGUUUAGCCAAGGCAAAGGAGCUAGAUUCUUCAUUGAUCUUAUUGAUCAACAGUGCAUAUGCUGCUGCAAAAGAGUCUCAAACCGUUACCAACGAGGCUAAAGACAUAAUGUAUCAUUUAUACAAAGCUACAAAGAGCAGUCUUAGAAGCAUUACACCGAAAGAGAUCAAACUUUUAAAAUACUUACUCAACAUAACUGACCCCGAAGAACGAUUCUCUGCUCUAGCAACAGCAUUCUCUCCUGGCGAUGACCAUGAAGCUAAGGACCCUAAAGCAUUAUACACGACGCCAAAGGAGCUGCAUAAGUGGAUAAAGAUAAUGCUUGAUGCUUACCAUCUCAACAAAGAAGAAACUGAUAUUAGAGAAGCUAAACAGAUGAGCCAACCUAUUGUGAUUCAGCGGCUUUUCAUCCUCAAGGACACGAUCGAAGACGAGUAUUUAGACAAGAAAACGGUCGUGGCAGAUGAAAAUCCGAAAAAGGAAGACGAUACUUCUGUUGAAGAAUUUUUGAACUGAAAUUGUGAAAAUCCAUCAACAACAACACUGUUGAGAAUUAGGAAGGGGGAGAGAGUAAUUUUGUAGAGUUCUCAGCUAUAACUGCAAUUACGAGUAAUAUGAGGUCUAUUUAUGAAUUAAUUAUUUUGGUAUAAA